ACGGUGAGAACAAAGAGCGAAUGCUCCGCCUCCGCCACGGCACGGCGUAUCCGUAUGUACCACGCGAUGGAGAUGCUUCAAAUCCGACCCCGACGUACGAUUCCUUCCUUCCGUGGCCCUGCUCCUCCCUUCCAUUUCCACCACCACCCACACAUCACAACGGCAAAACCACACCGGGCAAGGGCCAGCGCCAGCGCCAGCGCGGCCCGUUCCGUCAAUCCCCUCUCUCUCGCUUGCUUAGUUGCUUGCUCGCGCGCACGGCGCACCGCACCACCAUAUAUCCAUCCUCCAGCCUCUGCUCUCUGCCAUGGCGCCGCGUUCCUCUGCGAGAGCAAGAGCCAGCCAGCUGCAUUAGGUACGGUACGGUGCGGUGCGGUCAUCACCUGGCCUGGCCGCCUUCUGUGGAGUUCUGAGUGCUUGGCUCUCGCGCCACCCCCUCUCCUUGCUGCUGGCCUCGAGAUUCCAGUCCCCGGAGCGCGACAAGGGCGGCGGCGACAUGACGCUGCUCAAGAUCGUCGGCAAGAGUGCCUCUUCCCACACCAAGCCGGCGGCGGCGGCGGACGACCCGGAUGGUGCUGGGGCGGCGGUAACCGCCGUCGCAGCAGGCGCAGAUUGCAACAACGGCUCGGUUAAUGGAAGCAAAGAUGAGUUGUUUUUCGAAGCAAGGCCCUGGUUAGAUUCCGACAGUGAAGAUGAUUUCUACAGUGUGAGAGGAGAUUUCACUCCAUCAAGAGGCGGCACACCAGAUCAUCCGAGAUUAACACCCUCAAGUGGGCGGAUGCUGGUGGACAGAUCGGGUCCUUCUCUGGUUCGAAAGAAGCAGAGACUUCUGGAGCUUCUUCAGGAGAAGCAACAUUAUGAUGACGAGGAUGAUGACAGUGUCACCGAUGUUAGUAGCGAUUUGGAAAGUAGCGCAGUCCAUGCUGAAGAACACAUGAAGACUUGUCGCAGAAGUGAGAAAUCAAAGAAGUCAUCGAGGUCAGGCUGUUUCCCAAACUUAAUCUGGAAACAUAGCUUCACAAGCUGCAGGAAGAAGAAAAAGGAAAAGGAGCAAAAGGAUAAAGUGAACUAGCAUUAUGAUGUCAAAUUAUGAUUUUGUAAAAAGAAAGGGAGAAAAGUUUCUAAUGGGCCACGAAGGUGCGUGUACAUAUCUGUCUUUUCAUUUCUGAAAUACUGAAACCAGGAUGGAAGGACGUUUUGUGGACAAAAAUAUACAGGACUGGUUUGUCCUUCCCAAAUUGCUGAUUUCUGUCUA